AUGGGCCUCGGAACCCAGACCGUGGAAAACGCCGGCCAAUUCGACACCAACGUAUCCGGCACCAACAAUGGCGACUCUCUUUGGCUGUUUCUCAAGCUCAAAAAAGCCGUCGGACGAAAUACCCAACUCAUAACCUGGGAUGUUCUUUGGGAAGAUUGGCGUACCACCGGUUGCAAUGAGGAUUUUGUCAGCAGUGAAGGUCGAGACCUUGGAUUUGUCAUCCUUGUCGACAACCUCGACUUUUCCGUCGGCGGUGAAUCUAGCGAAUCCGUAAACUCCUUAGCCAGUCUGAUCUUGGACGCCAUGUCGGAGGCGUACCACAUCACUUUCUUGGGCACACAUCCAACGUUGACACAUGUUCCACCCAUCUUCUUGCUCUCCACAACCAACGCAGAGGCUCCAUACUUUGCAGCUCUUCUGGCAGAGGCAACUCCUCCAGAACCACCGCCAAUCACCAAAUACUGA